UUUUUUCUUAAUCCUGGUGUCUUCCCGCAGUACAGGAUGUGCGUCACUGAGGUUUUGUGUCCGUUGUUUUGUUAAAUUGUCCAACUUGAUUUCACUGUUACGGCAAAGAGAGUGAACUGAGGCACAAUGAGCCUGCCGGCUUCCCCUCCGACCUACGCGGAGGCCACAGCAGGAGAUAAAGAGAGAGGUGUUGGUAACCUGCCACCUCCAACCAUGCCCAUGCAUCCCAGCUGGGCCUAUGUGCAUCCAACUCCGAGUCCAGGGUACACAAACCCGUACGCUUCAGACAUGUCCUCACCCUUCUCUGAUCCCAGCUCUAGCGGCAGCUUCGACGGCCUCAGCGGAAGCAGCUGGGAGGACAAGAAUGUCCGUCGCAUGUUUAUCAGAAAGGUGUUCUGCAUCCUUAUGGUUCAGCUUAUGGUGACUUUUGGUGUUGUAGCACUCUUCACUUUCUGUGAGCCGGUGCGACAGUUCAUUCAAUACAAUCGUAUCCUCUACCUUGCCUCAUAUAUGACCUUCAUGGGAACAUACCUGGUGCUGGUAUGCAGUACAAGUGCACGGCGAAGAUACCCAACCAACAUGAUCCUCCUUGGCAUCUUUACUUUGGCAAUGUCUUACAUGGCAGGCAUGCUUGCAAGCUACCAUAAUACCAAAGUAGUGAUGCUGUGUGUGGGUAUAACCGCUUUAGUGUGCCUCGCUGUCACCCUUUUCUGCUUUCAAUCCAAGGUUGAUUUCACUUCUCGUCACGGUCUGCUUUUUUCACUCAUGAUGGUGCUGAUGAUCACCGGGCUACUGCUCAUCUUCACUGUGCCGUUUGGAUAUAUACCCUGGUUGCAGACUGCUUAUGCUGGAUUGUGUGCCCUAGUUUUCACUUUGUUCUUGGCGUUUGACGUGCAGCUGUUGAUGGGAAACCGCCGUUACUCCUUGAGCCCUGAGGAGCACGUGUUUGGAGCGCUCUGCCUCUACAUGGAUAUCGUCUACAUCUUCUUCUUCCUCCUUCAGCUCUUCGGGAGCCGUGAGUGAGGCCUCUUUUAAGGCUGGGCUCAAACCUCUGCCCCGUUCUCUCUUACAGACACGCAUACACCCUCCUUACUAACCCCACAGCUCCACUGAGGCGUCUUCCUUAACCUGUAGAAUAAUAUCUCCGGCAGCGCUGCCUUUAGUGUCUCUGGCUGUUGAAAUCUCGCUUUGCGGAGACUCAGUCAGUGUCGGCAGCCUACAUGUUCCUGACAUAUACUGUAUAUGCAACAUAAGUACACUCCCAUACACUCAAGCUUAUGUUGAAACAAACACACUUCAGCAGCUGUUAUCCAUGUAGAAGACAAUCAUGCUACAUACGGUGGGUUAGGAGGGUGAUCUUAAGGAGAUAGUGUUGCUUGGUCCUCAGUUCCAGAUAUUGCCCUGGAGAAGAAGGUCGUUUUAUUGACUAAUUUAUGAAUUACAUUUACAGUCAUUUACAGUACAGUGUUUGUGUUUUUUUGAAUCAUUGGUAAGUGUAGUGACAGGAUAUGCGAGGAAAAACAAUCAUUGCAUUGUACAGUUUUAUUGUUUUACUGACUUUUAAAAUGAGCAUUAAACUAUAUAGUCAUUUCAGUAUCAGUCAGAAGUAACUCAAACGGCUUCAGAUUCUGAAACACAUAGCCGUCCAGAGCUUUGCGGUUAUCUUUUUCGGUCAUAUUUAAAGUUAAUUACCUGAGCUGAGCCAGAGAAAUCCUUCAGUGAAACUGCGUUUCCAUUGCGCAAUAACCUGUUGACUGGGGUGGAUGUACCUACCAGUAUUCUUUUGGGUCAGUGCAUUUUAUGUGCCUCUUCUGAAUGCUGGCUAAUAUACAGGCAUCUGUGUAAAUUGUAUGCACUUUUUCCCCUCCUGGUUGGUUAAUAUAUGCAAUGCAGCCAUUGUCUGUGUAGAAAACACACCGUGCCAAAUGUACCUCUGUCGUGUGAUGAUGGCAGGAAGUUUUCAUCUUGGUCAUUUUAUCCAGCAGGACAAUAUUGGUCUGUGUCCACUGCCUGAUUCACACCAGUGAAUGGUGCUGAGGUCAUUCUGAGUGGUUUUUGUUGUUGUAUAGCUCUCAAGACAUACAUGUGUAUUUAAAUACCAGACGUAUUUAAAUAAUUACUUGGAUUUUUUUAAGCUUUCAGAUAGUGAUGUCUUUGAGGAGAGAUUACAUUUUAAAAACUGACAAUGAACUAAUGGAAGAUACUAAUCUCACUGGGCCAGAUGUAACGAGAAUACACAUCUAGUGAAACAGAUUAAACUUUUGGUUUAAAAGGCACUAACAAUGGUAUGCCCCCUCUAAAACCCACCCCCAAAUUCCAUUAGUUGGUGCUCUUUUCACAUCCAGAGUACAGUCAAUACCUCAAAACAAGUAAGCUAGCGAAACUCUGUUAUUAACAGGAACAUUUUCUGCCUUGCUAAACUGAAGCUGUCAUAUUUUGAACCAAAAUAUUCUGAGAAACACCAAUUGAUUGGUUCAGACAAUUAUGGUUGGAACAGUUGAAGGUAAAAGAAGAACAGUAUAGCAUCCAACAAGAUGGAUGGAGACAGAAGAAUUAGAAAUAAGUCUAUAAGAUGUCUGAAGAUCUAAACAGAAAACAGGACAUUCUGGAGAAACACUACCCAUAAUAAUAAUUAACAAUAACGUACGUCACAUCCAUGGGUUAACCGCAGGCUUGUUGGACAAUGCUGACAAGCACACUGUUGCCUCCUUCAACUUCAUGAGGUGUUGAAUUGGUUUAAAAAUUUCACUCUCAGUUUGUACCCACACUAAUAAGUCUAUGUUCCCACCCGCAUUUAGGUCAGAAUUUCACAUGGAUGUAUCCAGAUGUUCUCAUUACGAGUCUGGCCCUGCGAGAGAACAAUAUUGGACUUUAUGUGCAUUUGAGUUGAUUGUCGUGCAUUUGAUUCCCGUAAGGCUUUUUGUGUUCCUGAUCUUUUUCAUUUUUUAAAGAAUGUCUUAGGUUUAAAAUGGCAUUGGAUUUUUUUCAGAGCAAUUUAUGAAAUGCUCUUAUCAGCAUUCCUCCUGGCUGUUUCUUAGUUAAAGAAAUAGCAGAAUGCCUUUUGAUUAAUUUAAAAGUACCAUUCAAGCAUUGCUUACUUCUGUAAAUUUGAUGUUUACAAAUGUGAAUAGUUCUUCAUUCUUGCACCCAUAAGUUAUGUUCAUGUGUCAGUUCACACAUUAACUUAAAGCACUGCCCAGUGGAAUUUUAUUGCAUUUUACUUUUAUUUAAACAAGGGAGUUUGUUGAGAACAUGUUAUGUAUUGAAAAAGCAGCCUAGUCCAAACGCACCACAGCCACACUAGAGCACAUACAGUGAAUGUUUGUGAAUUCACUGGUAGCUGAGUCUGUCUGCUUUUUCCUUUCUUCAGUGGGUUUAUACUCUGGAGAGAACUUUGUCACUGAGCAUUUCACUUACGUCACAGAGAAAACUGAACAAGACUUUCAACACUUGACAUUAAUUUAUUUGAUAUAUUGUUUUAAAAACCUGACUUUUUAGCAAGGGCAUGAUUUAAACUUUUGAUUAUCAGUGGUGUACUUUAUGUGUAUUCAUUACUAUCCGUUCAUGGUUAUGUACAUAUGAGAGUGAGGUUUGUUGUAUUUAGACCACCUUCUGCCUUUCCUCUUUCCUUGUGCACUAUUGUACGUCAACAGAAAAAAAACCUCAGUGUUCUAUCAGUACUUACUGCAUGAUCGGUGUUGCAGUGGCCAGUCCACUCAGUGCUGCCCACUGUAUAUUAAUCUAGGAUAAAAAAGUGACAGUCUCGCCACAUUCCUUUAUCUCACAGCAGUGUAACGGCAAGGUGGCCAGUGGGUUAUGACAGAGUAUUGUGAAGUUUUGUAACGUUAUCUGUUCAUUAGUAAAAUGAAUAAAGAUUAAGAUAACGAACCAGGAAA